AUGUGCACUGGCCGCGUUGGGCACGUGCAACAUCCCUGCGUCGCGUCACGUCGCGUCGGGGAGUGGGCGAUCGAGUUAUCGAGCUCGCCGGACCGUGGGGCCGGGAGGAGGAUCCGGGUUGCAUGCACUUUCUCCGCUGCCCAGAAGAGUCCCUCGCCCGUCCUCAGGAUCGAGAAUAUUACACAGGCCAGUCGCAGGGUCCCCUUCCUGCCCUUUUAUACCGUCAUACCAACACCGAGCACUUUCUCCGUGUUUACUUCCCCUUCCAUGGCGUCUGUAACGCACAAUAGCUCCCCGCUUUUCCUCGGGCUGGAUCUCUCCACUCAAGGACUCAAGGCCGUCCUAAUCUCGGAAGACAGCAGGGUUGUCCAUGAGUCUGCUGUUCACUUCGACGUUGACCUCCCGCAUUUCGGUACUACCAAUGGUGCCAUCCGAGGACCAGCACCGGGCGAAGUUACUUCUCCUGUCCUUAUGUGGUUGGAAGCCUUCGACCUCUUGAUGGAGCGGAUGAAGAGUGCCGGCGUCGAGUUCAAUCGCAUUCUCGCUAUCUCAGGAGAUGGGCAACAACACGGUUCCGUAUAUUGGUCCUUGGAUGCGGAGAAACUUCUUGCUUCUCUUGAUCCCGUGCAACCGCUGAAACAACUGUCGCCCAAGGCGUUCUCUCUCCCCAGGGCACCCAUUUGGCAAGAUUCCUCAACAACGCGUGAGUGCCGUGAGCUCGAAGCUGCAGUCGGCGGUGCCCAAGCACUGGCAGACCUCACUGGGAGUCGUGCUUACGAACGGUUUACUGGUAACCAGAUUGCUAGGAUCCGUCGCAUAAACCCCGAAGCGUAUCUGGCCACGUCCCGCGUCUCCCUCAUCUCGUCGUUCAUGCCGUCUCUCUUCCUCGGUGCUUUCGCACCGGCAGAAUUGUCAGAUGCAAGCGGGAUGAACCUUAUGAACGUUCUGACGUGCAAGUGGGAUGAUAGGCUACUAGAAGCAUGUGGAGGGCCCGAAUUGAGAGCCAAAAUUGGUCCCGAGCCUGUUCCUGGCGGCACCCUGCUGGGGAAAAUCAGUCCGUGGUGGGUGAAGCGGUGGGGAUUUAAUCCAGAAUGUGAAGUGGUGCCAUUCACAGGUGACAACCCAGCAACUGUAGUAGCGCUCUCUACUCCGGGCGAUGCUAUCCUGUCUCUCGGAACAUCAACGACCCUCCUUCUGUCGAUCCCUCCUGCAGAUACGGCUCCGAAAUGUUUCACGACCUCCCAUCUACUAACCCAUCCCACGACCACCGACGCGCACAUCGCCAUGCUCUGCUAUAAGAAUGGUGCGCUCGCGCGUGAGCAGGUGAGGGACAAUUACACCGACGGGCAUUGGACGCGCUUCAACGAGCUUGUAGAGAAGACGCCCGUUGGGUGCGACGAUUACAUGGGCUUCUAUUUCCCGCUCCCCGAGAUCAUCCCGCCCAGCGUCCAGGGCAACUUUUUCUUCUGCACUUCUGGUUCCUCUGUAGCGGACAUCAAGUCCGUCCCCGAAGCAGACAUGCCCACCACGGCACACCCGCGCGCGAUCCUGGAGUCGCAGUUCCUCUCUAUCCUUUCGCGCAUCGCUGCGAUCCUCCCGCCGGACGCUGCUCCACUGCAAAGGCUCGUGCUUAGCGGCGGGUCCUCCGCGAACCAGGUCAUCCGGCAGCUCGCGGCGGACGUCUUCGGCAUGCGCGUAUUCGUCGCGGGCAAGGAGGGCGCGGCAGAGGGGGGCGCGGAGCUCGCGCGUUAUGCGUGGUGGCGUGUGCGCACGGGCGGCACCGGCACGUUCGAGGAGAUGCGCGCGAGCGACCCCGAGGGCGAGCGCAUGACGUGCGUUGCGGAGCCCAGAAAGGAGAACGCCGCCGUGUAUGCAAGCUUGGUGGAGCCGUACCGCAUGUGCGAGGACAGGGUAGUGCAGCUAUGCCAGAAUGCCGCGUAG